GUCCAGUUCCGUUUUCCCGACACCAUGGUAAGACUAGGUACGUGACCAACAGUUAUUUUCGUAAUUUUCCGCUAAAUAACUCAUAGCUUGGGACUGCUGAGUGCUCCCGAGGACUCUUGAGGGACCCCUGAAUCACGAGAAGAGGGAAGUGAAGUGGAAUAAGUGCGUGUGUGGCUGUGACGGACGGGAAAAUAAGUGGUUUAAUUUGGUAGGAUUUUAAAUGAGCCAUGGCGGAAAACUGGUGGUGGUGGUCAGUGUUUCCAUGGACUCCACGCCCCUGUGAGUCUUCAGCACCUCGUCAGCCCCCCAGCAGUCUCCUCCUCCUCUCCUCCCUUCUCUUCUCUCCUCUCUUCGCCACCCAGUCUCCGCCGCGUCCGCUGCUUCAGUAUAUAAGGCUCACUCGCUUGAAGAUCGCCACUCCUGCCUUCACCGCCGCCGAGAGAACAACAUGAAGGUACAGCAGCUCCUCGUGACCCUUUCCCUCGUGGCCACGGCCCUCGCUGCCCCCUCUGGUCCCCUGGCCGCCUACUCAGUUCCCAGCUACGACGCCGCCCCCAUCUACAGACCAGUCCCCGCCUAUAAUGAGGUGCCCCGCUACGUGUUCGACUACGCAGUGAGAGACAGCCUCGGCAACGACUACGGCCACCAGGAGAGUCGUGACGGCUACGACACCAAGGGCUCCUACUACGUGCAGCUGCCCGACGGCCGCCUGCAGCACGUCAACUAUUACGUCAACGGCGACUCAGGAUUCGUGGCGGAGGUCACUUAUUCCGGAGAGGCCCAGUAUCCUGCCUACAGCCCCGCCCCUGCCUACAGGCCCGCCCCAGUCUACACCCCCGCCCCGGCCUACACCCCCGCCCCGCACUAUGGGUGAGCACUGGCCGCGUGGCGUCGUGUCUCCAACAAUCAAAAGUUCCGUCGAUCUCGUGAUGCUCUGUCGCUUGUGUCCCGCUGACUGCUGCGCCAAGGACACCCUCAGCCCGCCAGCCUGCAGGAGUAGCGAGCCUCUGUACAAAUAGAUGCUUUUCGAUUAUUAAACUAUUUCCUGGCGAA